AUGGGUUUUUGCAGGAGAUGUGGUGAUAUAGUCCCUGGUACUCGUUGCAAGUGCGGGGGAACUGCUGUUGCUCCAGCGGUGGCUUGGAAAGAGUCUUCAGACCCAUGGACAAAAACCUACGUCUCCAGAGAGAAAGUACCCAGUAGAGCUCCCCAGGCUUCUGUGAAUACAAACGUAAGGACCGAUACUACAGGCGUAGCCUCUAACACUUCACCCACCAAACGAUUUCCUCGGCCUUUAUCUUCCCACUCUUCAUCUUCAACAACUGUAAUCGGUAAACGUGUUACAGAACAUAUCACAGCUUCCACUUCUCAGUUAAAUCGCCCUCCUUCGCCACUCAAGAACUCUACAGUCGUUUCCCCUGAAUCCGAUAUUUUACCUUCACUCAAUGCUCAUAGCACAGGCUCACUCGCUAAAGUCUACGGAUCAGUACUCCAACCGAAGGAAUCCUUAGCGUCCCAUGCCUGCGCCCUUUGUGGUACAGCGUUCCCACCCGACAGUACUAUAUAUCCCGAACCUUAUGGCGACACAUCUCAUCCUACCCGAUUCCUUUGUCGAGAUUGCUUCACGUCUAACGGCGGUGCUAAAGGACACUGUCCUGGAUGUUCUCGUGCCGUCUUGGCCCUGAAAUCCGAGGGACCAUUUAUUGAAGCCGCUGGUGACUACUGGCACAAGGCAUGCUUCACUUGUGAGGGCUGUGGAACGAACGUAGGUGACUCACCAAUGGUGGACCUUCUAGGAAAACCCUCGUGUCCAGAAUGCUUUGAUAGUUGUCUGAAGCGAGAUCGUACACCGAAAAAAAAUCGGAGUAGUACGACCAGCUUGAAUAGUCCAGCACGCAAUGUCGGUGGUGGUAUCAGUAGCUCCAACCCCAAGAGUAGAGAAGGAAGUCCCACGAUAGAGGAGCUGGAACAACGAUUGGGGAUUGUGAAAAGUCGCCAAUCUAGUCCUGCUUUAGAAGACCUCUCUCGGAGGCUCAGCAUGAUUGCCUCGUCACCUCUGAGCCGCUCGCCCUCUCCAAGACGGUCUACUGCAACCCCAGACGACAGUCCACUUCUCAACCGGUCCAAGCGUGUUUCUCGUGCUGACUUGCUUUCUGAAAUUGACCGGCGUGAAAGCCGAACUUCGCUUCUUAUUGCCCAGCGAACGGGAUCCAAUAGUCCUGCCCCCGAGCCAACGGCUGAUCAAAUUGAGGAGAUGAAGCGACGGUUCAUGAAAUCGACUUCAAGCUCUCAAGAGUUCCCGGUUGAAUCCCCGUUGCCAGCACCGUUCUUCCGACCACGACUUCGUAAUGCCAGGUCUUCUGGCUCGCUGAGCUCGCUUCCAAAUCUUGCAGCUAGUCCCCGCGAGUCUCGAACUCCUGAUCUACUCUCGGAUUACUCUGAUUCCGCCACACAGUCGUCUGUUAGUCCAGAUUCGCCACCUCGCCUAGCAGAUGCAGAAGACGAUGCUUUCUCAAUCGCAAAGCUGUACAGCAGAGGACUUGGCACUCGUUAUGCACGGUCGGAUUACUUGGAAGACGAUGUGAUUGUUGAAGAGACCAAUAGUCAAUUAAAUACUCCAGAUAACACGCCAAAACAUAAGAAUAUCACCUCACAAAAGGCUACUCCAGUCGUUUCUCCAAGUGCAAUCCCAGAUUCCAGAUCCCAUAGUUCCUUACGCAGGCCACCUUCCUCAACAUCCUUGGCAAGUCCAACUGCUUCGUCGUCGACCAGUUGCGCAAAAUGCCGCAAGCCAUUGUUUUCUCUUCGGGAGGGAGGUCGAUACGUAACCGUUCCCGAUGAUGUCACUGGAACUCCAAACACAUAUCAUACCGCUUGCUUUACCUGCUCGGUUUGUGGGCUGGAAUUCACACAGGGCGUACAAGGGCAAGCGGCGUUCAUGAAAGGAGAAAAAGGACCAUGUCAUGUCGAUUGUGCUCCCCCAGCUAAGAUGACUAUACAUAAGAUCCCGAGCCCUUCCUCUCUACCUUUACCUGCCCGUCGUACCCACACUUCUUCUAAAUCCGUAUCCUCGUUGUCAUCUCCGCCGUCUUCUCCUAGCUCGGGUACUUAUGUAUCCUCAAGAUAUUCUCGGCCCCCUUUGAGCGCACCUUCGAUGUCCAACUCGAACUCGAGCUCGGGCUCAGUACCUCGAUUUGGAACUAUAAAUUCAUGUCCCGGUUGCAAAAAAUUAGUGCCACAUGUGUCAUUCGGCAUCAGUGAAGGAGAGCGCAGCGUUCAAGGACCGAAUGGUACAAGAUGGCACGUCAUGUGUCUGGUUUGUGGUGGAAAGAAGGCACCGACUAGAGGUGUUCUCCGAGGCAGAGAUGAGCGUAGAAGAGACGAACCUGGAUGUGGCAAAAGACUGGAUUCUGGAGCUAAGACUGAUGGCGGUGGCAGCGUUUUUUGCCGAGAAUGUUGGCUUCUCCUUCCGUCAUCACCAGCUUCGCCUCAGUGGUCGCCUACUCGCACUCCUCUUGUACCAACACACACGGGCUCGUCGACCAAAGUUGUACCUCAGUACACUGGUACAACCACCUUGGCCAAACAGUUCACUGGCCUGGGUGGUGGAGACGCACCUCUUCUUAGACAGCUUACUGGCGGAGGACUGAGCCCAACUAGAAGUUUGAGUCCCACCAAGCAGAUCAGCGCUCUAAGACCCCGCCCCAAAAGUGUUAUUGGAAUGAGGCCUUCAAAAAGCGUGGAUGAGGGGCGUGGAAUGCGUCUGGUACGACAAAUGACCGGCUCUGGAGGUAAAGAGUGA